CGCACGGAGAAACGGCGGGAGAGGAGAAAAAGGAGGAAAAAAACAACCAACAACAACAAAAAAAAAAUACCCUAAAACCUCCACCUCUUCCAUCCCAGCCCCACGCCUGCGAGACCAGCCAUGCCCAGCCACCCUGCCGGUGCCCUCCUGCUGGCCCUCGCCCUCUGCGUCCUCCUGGGAGAUGGUACGGGUCAUCCUCCGCCAGAGUCCCACCUGGCCACCCACCUGAGGACCAAGAGGUGUUCCUGCAACAGCUGGCUGGAUAAGGAAUGCAUUUACUUCUGUCAUCUGGACAUCAUCUGGGUCAACACCCCUGGCCACACCGCUCCCUAUGGCUUGGGAAGCCCGCCAAGGCGGCGCAGGAGAUCACUGGGCAGGUGUGAGUGCUCGCACUCGAGGGACAACAUCUGUGCCACCUUCUGCCACCAGCCCGGGUACCUCCAGAGUCUGAAGGUCCCAAUAACGGGAGCAUCAAUGAAGUCUCUGCAGAGUGAUGGUGUGAGACCUUCCCAUCAUGGCCUGCUGAGAACGCUCAGGGAUGUGGCCAUCUCCAGCCUGCGGACUGGCCAGCAGCAGCAUCGCUCUCGGAGGAGCGCACAGCCAACGGUUUUGCCUUGGAAGAAGAACAUCUGGAAGAAGAAGAGAUAAGAAAGGGGUGCAUACCACGUUCACCAGAAGAAUUUGGAGUCCUGCGGGUGCCGCUAACUCCGCUGUCGGUAGUUAGAGCUGAAGGAAAGGCCAUGAAUGGAAGGGGGAAGAAGUGGAAGUCUCCAUGCUCCUGUUGCGUGAACCAGUACUGCAUGUGCUUCAGAGACUGUUGUAAAGGGAAAACUCUCUCUCUAAACAGUCGUAGAUGUGUCGUGGAGCUGAAUUGUGCCUUUUUGGAUCAGGCAAGGGUCUUACUGGGAGAGCACCAGCUUAACUCUGCUCUGGAGUGCGAGGCAGAGGGCCAGCCCCCACUGGGAGGUUGAAUCACUUACAAACCAGUUCUGCAGUUGGUGGCACUGAGCCCUGUCACUGCUCUGCCCUUGGGACAUGUCUGAGUGUGGUUCCAGCCUGGCCCCAUUCAGAGGUGGUUUGGCCGGUCGUUAUAGACGAGGAUAAACUGCCUCCAGCGUGAGCCCACCUUUGCACUUUGUUCUCUUACUCGUCAGACAGUGCCAUGUGCAUAUGAAUGAGACUCCCGUAGUAAAAACAGUUCCCAGUUUUUAUUAAAAAAAAAAAUUAAAUAAAAAUAGAUCUAUAUUUAGAAGCCUGAAAGCCACCUGAGCAGUCAGUGGCAUUCUUUGGCUGAGAAAUUCACCAAAGGGCUGUCCUUAAGUGGCUCUGUUUUAGGUGGAGGAUAGUUUGCUUCCGCCAGAGCUUGUGUCAAACCCAAGCAGGACCCCUGCCCUUGCGGGGGGAGGCUGGAUGGGCCUGUGAUUCUGCAGCAGCCACCGUGGGUCUGAGGCAGAGCCGAGCUGCUCCUCUGGAUGGGUUCAGUGCUGGGAAUCUGUCUCACCUCCUUGACCGUGGCCUUAGCGAGGUAAAGUAGUUCCAGGUCUUAACAUAAUAUCCCAGCUUUCUUCCAGCUCUGCCUGAAAGGAAAGGCUCGGGGCAGAGAAGGUGGGUGGUGGGAAAAUAGCACGCCAAGGCUUGCUUGCUGCUUUGCUUAGUCCAACUUGGAGACCUGUUCUCUGUAUUAAAUAAUUGACCGGUGUAUGGCUAGCAUGUCAGGAUGAGAGGAACAGAGAAUGCAUUAGGCAAGGGGCAGCCAGAUGGGAUUGAUGUGGAGCAAAGGGUCGCUAAGAAGAGAGCACAGCACUGUCUGCACAGCUCUAGACUUAUCUAAAUCACAGCCACUUCCCCAGGCCAGGAGCAGCAUAGAGCUGCUGGUCCAGAGGAGGGAAGAAAUAAUUUGGAUAAAACACUGAGCCCAGGACCUCGAAACCAAUCUUGCAGGCAAGCACAAUCUCAAGGCUCUGGAGCUGUAUCACAAAUGCACUUUUGUUUGCCUGGGCAGAUUAACUUCUAUUAUAAAUUGUGGCUGCAGUUGUCAUCUGGUUUGUGCAGAUAAAUAUUGCUCUCCUGGAACCACUGUUGGGUCCCCCUUGCUGCCCAAUCCAGUAUUACACAGGAGCAUUUGAAAGGGCUUCUUGAGGUUGGUGGUGGACCAAAAUCUGUGGCUGUUGCAAGUGUAGUCCCAUUGGACGUACAAAAUACUUCCUUGAUUUUGCUUUAUGUCCUAGAGGGGGGAAAAAUUAGACCAAUUGAUUGUAUUGUAAAUGAAAUAGCAGACUAAUCACUUGGUCCCCAAAGCUGCAGAGAAACUUUUUUAUAUUUGACCUUCUGAAGGUUUGAGUCAUUCUAAAAAAAAAAAUCCUGAAAGGGUUUGUUCCGGAGGGAACUUUGCACAUGGUUUAAUGUGAGCCUAGUAAUUUAAAAUAAAACUACUGCUGUAAAGUACUAUGUAUAUCUCCUUGUGUGUAUAAUGUCUCACCUUUAAGUGACUUACUGCACACGUGCCAUAUGUAGCAUCCUGAAAUCUGUAUAUUUAUUUAAAUCUAUUGAUUUUUUUAGACAGUAAUUUGCAAAAUUUAAUUUUUAAUAAAUAAUGACAAAAUCAA